CUCCUUACGAUUAUCCGUCCAGAAUGGGAACAGUUGAAGCAUUGCUACCUUUAAUUUGGGAAUCAGUAAUAGCUAGGCCCGUAUCACGUGCUUUACUCAAACCUGAUUCUUUGCCAAAAAUCUUGUCAAAUCCUGAAAAUAUGAUCUCCUGAUAUCGCAGCUGCAUUUAUUACUCCCCCGUUGCGACUAUUCACUCCAGUAACAUACAUUACUUUAAAAAGUGCGCUUUUAAUGCAAAAUACAUGUGGCCGGGAGGUAGCGCCACUAUCAGCCAGCUCGCAGAAGGGGCGGGGCCUAACUGCGCUCAUAUUAACCGGUUUGUAAAUGCUAUUCCGCAUUGCGGCUUCGAAGUUAACGCCUAGGAGAACAGACUGCCGUCUUUACAACAUUUCAGGCACAGAUGGGCCGUAUUGUGGUCACAGUGGGUCUCAAACCUUAGAUGUACUGUUGGUCAAGGACUUUUGAGUUGGUUGUCAUGGUCAGUGUUGGUGAUCCUUAAUCCAGGUGAACUGCACGCCCGUCCGUCCGAUCCUACGUUUGAUCGACCUUCAACAAGGACAUGCGUCUGCAAACUGACAACUGUCUAAAAAUCCUCAUCACCUUCUUUUCAUCACCACCUUCAAUCAAGACGAUGGAAAGGACCAGUGGGUAUUUCCAUCAUCCUAGGCCUCCUAAGCUUCAUGCCCAGACUGUUGAUUGUCACAUUUCUAUCCAAGACCCCAGAGCCCCCAUUGGAGUGGUGGCAGACCUCCGUCAUAUACCAGGUCUACCCUCGGUCUUUCCAGGAUAGUAAUGGAGACGGUGUUGGCGAUUUGCAGGGCAUCCGCUCACGACUGGACCAUCUUGAGUACAUCAAUGCUCGUGCCUUGUGGUUGAGCCCCAUGUACGAGUCGCCUAUGCGUGACUUUGGCUACGACCCUUCUAACAUCACUAAUAUUGAUCCAAUCUUUGGAACAAUGGAGGAUUUUGAUGAGCUGCUGGCAGAUGUGCACAGUAGAGGAAUGAAAAUGAUCCUCGACUUCAUUCCUAAUCACACCAGCGAUCUGCACAAGUGGUUUCAGGCCAGCAAGGCUGGAGUCGAGGAAUACAAGGACUACUACGUUUGGACAGAUGGGAACCUGACUGCUAACGGGACCAGAGUGCCGCCCAACAACUGGAAGAGUUUCUUUGGAGACUCUGCUUGGGAGUGGGUGGAGGAACGCCAGCAAUUUUACCUGCACCAGUUCCUGAAAGAGCAGCCAGAUCUUAACUAUCGCAACCCAAAAGUUGUGGAAGAAAUGACGAAUGCCCUUCGUUUCUGGUUAGAAAGGGGAGUUGAUGGGUUCCGCAUAGAUGCCGUCCUUACCAUGUUUGAAAGUGCUGACCUCUCCCUCAACGAACCACUGAAUAAUCGACCCGGCGCCGAGCUGUGGCAGUACGAGUCCUUGGAGCACAUCUACACAAGCCACCAGCCAGAAACCUACGAGGUCAUAGCCAAGUGGCGCCACCUGGCAGAUGAAUACUACCAGAAAGAUGGCAACUACAGGUUCCUGGUGACCGAGGCUUAUUGCGAAACCAUUCAGCAGGCCAUGUACUAUUACCACACUGGCGCCGACAUGCCAUUUAACUUUGAUCUCGUUUUCCUUAACCGCACCUGUGGUGGGGACUGUGUGGACAGGGCCAUCAGCAACUGGAUGACCAACAUGCCCAUUGGCAAGUGGCCAAAUUGGGUUAUCGGCAACCAUGACAACAAGCGCAUAGCAACCAAAAUGGGCACUGAAUUUGUGAAUGCCAUGAACACACUCCUUUUGCUGUUGCCAGGCACUCCAACAACUUACAAUGGUGAAGAACUUGGUUUAACAAAUAUCGAAGUGUCCUAUGAAGAUACACAAGACCCCUUUGGAAAAAGAUUCGGCCCUGAGAGAUACCAUGAGGUCAGCCGAGACCCCCCUCGAAGCCCCAUGCUCUGGGACAGCACUCAUUCCUCAGGGUUCUCCAACGCAACAAAAACAUGGCUUCCAGUCCACCCAGACUAUGAAAUCUUCAAUGCAGAAGCACAAAGGAAAGCAGAGGGUGUGACACCACUCAAAAUGUACAGGGACUUGUCCUUGCUACGACAAGAAGCUACGUUCCAAAGGGGUACAUUCAAACCUCUAUUGGUGGACGAGAACAUCUAUUCUUUUGUGAGAGAACUAGAGGGAGAGUCCCUGUAUUAUGUCAUUCUCAACUUUGGGAGCACAGAGGCCCAAGUUGACCUUGCUGAGCAAGGGCUGCCAGAGAACGGUUUAGUGAAGCUCAAUUCUGGUGAUUUCCAUCAUAGUGACUAUAAUGUUGGUAAAGAGAUUAAGCUCAACAAAAUCUCUCUAAACCCAGGGCAGUUUCUUGUGAUCAAGUACGAUGUGUAAUUGAUCCGUUUUUUUUUUUCUUCGUCAUUCAUUUUACAUCACUAGUAGUUAUCGUUAAACAUUUCCAUUAGAUCUCAUGCUCAUUUCCUUUCAUCACAUUCCUUGUUAUGUUUUUUUUUCUUCACAUAUCUUCUUAAUCUCUCUAAUGGAGUGAAGGCAACUGUGUGUUGAACAUACAGUGCACAGCAUAUUUGUCUCAAAGAAACGUGUCAAGCUAAUAUCUCAUUGUUCAAGACAUCGUUUAAGAGAAGCUCAAUUUUAUCAGGUUGGUGAUUUAUGAACUUGCUUAUUAUGACCUUAGAGGAUUGUUUAUCUAAUGUAUGACCUGAUAUGCUCUGAGAUUGGUGGAGCUUUAAGUUCAUUCGGUUGUAAAUGACCAUGGUCAAGUUUCACAUUGACAUUAAUUGUACAUAUAUUUAUAUCUAUUUACGCAUUAACGACUGUGAUUUGUUGAUAAUAUUUUUUAACAGUUGAAAUAAUUGGUGGAUUUAACCAUGGCCAUUUUCUCCUGUUGUCCAUGCCAUGUACAAUGUAAAUAUCUCACUGGGUUUCUGUAUCAGCAUAUAUAUGGUGCUAUUAACCCAAAAGCACUGGAAUCUAGUGUCGGUGAUCAAGUGCCAAAUCGUAAAUUGUUAUAACAUUGACGAGUAAUUCUUUGGUACUUAAGUAAUCAUGUAAUCAGAUAUUUUACUAUUGACAAAGUCACGUAUAUUUUAAAUUAUUGCAGUACA